GUUAGGCAGUGCCCUGACUCCGAAGUGGUGAUCAAACCCUCACCGGUUGUUGUGACCCUCCCCGGACCAAUUCUCAGUUUACCUCCACCCCAGAAAGAUGACUGUCUCCAGCCUGUGGUAUCCAGAAUGCGGGGUGGCCCGGCCUAGUCCAGUUACUGGCAGCUCCAACGAGCCGUGCGUUAGGCAGUGCCCUGACUCUGAAGUGGUGAUCAGACCCUCACCGGUUGUUGUGACCCUCCCUGGACCAAUUGUCAGCAAUUUCCCUCAGCAGAGUGAAGUAGCAGCCAUAGGAGCACCUGUGGUGGGAGCUGGUUUGGGGGGCUCAUUUGGUUGGGGGGGAUUGCACGGCUAUGGAGGCCUUUACGGAGGGUUGUAUGGUUUAGGGAGAUUAGGUGGUUAUGGUGGCCAUUACGGUCAUGGGGGAUUAUUGGGCCACGGGGGAUACUCUGGUUACUCAGGUCUUUACGGUUAUGGGGGAUUGUUGGGCUAUGGGGGACACUGCGGUUACCCGGGCCUUUAUGGUUACGGGGGAUUAUGGGGAUAUGGGGGAUAUGGCCGCAGGUCUCUUGGUGGAUAUUGUGGGCCAUGUUAA